AUGUCUCUUGGACUGUUAAGAAGCUCCGAUGAUUUGCACGGGAAUGCAGAAUUCCGCAUACAGCGGGAAAGAGAAGCCGAGCGCAUGAUCGCGCAGGGCGAAAUGGUUACGAUUAUACCUGCAGUGCACAUGGAAAAGCUGGAAAUGGCUGUCGGCACAUUCGGGCCUUUUUCUCCAAUGGCUCCCUGCAUGGUUCCUUUGUAUGUUGCGCUUUUUCUCCGGCACUCUCUCCUGUGCACAAUACAGGCGCCGGAGUGGCUGAGCGUCCAGUACCUUCAGCGGGCGAUCGAGAGAGAAGAGGAAACCACGGGGGAGUUUGGCGCAAUAAGCAUGCACCUGUUUGAAAACGCAGAGACGUGCCUGGAGGCGUGCGAUGUGCGCGAAAACGUUUCUGAAGUCAGGAUUCUUCUCAAGAGACUCGGGGAAAUGCGAAUGAAAAAACUUCUUAAGGGAGUUGAGUACAUCGACACGCCUGUGAUAGGAAUGAACAACCUGACGCUCUACGAGUUCCGGCGAAUCAAGGAGUAUAUAACCCCCCACCUAAGCAUGCAGAAGGCCUUCUCCAAGGGCCUGAACAAAUAG